AUGGGCUCUCCGUAUUGUUCAUUAUUUGUGUUAAUCCUGUACAUACUGAACGGAACGGUGAACGAUUACGCGCUGGAGUUCAACGUACCACUGGCAGAAGAUAUGAAUGAGGUCUUCUUUGAUUGGCAGAACCUCAACAGCGACAUCAUCAUAUCGUACUCAAUAGGGAUUGAACCCUCGAAAGAUGAUGUCCUCAUGCGGCCACAACUGACAGUCCCUCAAAAAGGAAGGGUCCCUUAUAAACUUUCAACUUUUGGGAUAACACUCUCUUGCAAGGAGGAUACGAUUUCUGAAGUUGAAGUUGGCAUCAGGUUCAAUUUCAACCUCAACUACAAACAAACUAUCCGCCCCAACAACAGCAUCAAUAACAACAACAACAUCAACAACAAUAACAGCAACAAUAACAACAAUAAACAAACGAAAAAUAGAAUUAACAAGCAGGGUAGCGGAGACAAUAACAGCAAAGACUUGUCGGUUGUUAUAAAACGUCGAAAGUCUUGUUUGAAAACAUCAAACAACAACAACAAUAAUCUUAAAAAUCACGUGACUGUCGACGAUAAAAAUAUAAAUAACCUCAUCGACAACCACAACAACAACAACAACAACAACCCAAACCGACUAAACUUCAAAAACAUUCAAAUAAACUACAACGACGACGAUGAUGUCGUCGAUGAUGACGACGACGACAACAACAUUGACGACGAUGACGACAGAGAAAAAAAUGAUGACAUCAUUAGUGAUGAGAAAAAUGGUGGAAAUGAUAAUUCACCAUGGUUGGACGGCUCCCAAAAACAAACCUACUACAUCUUGCUGGGCUGUGGAGCUGGUAUCAUCCUAAUUCUCAUCAUCCUUUUUGUAUGUUGUCUCUUUAGAAACAAGAUUAAUAAACCAAAGAGACCGUCUAGCGUUUGCCAAUCGGAAGCAGUGUAUCAUCUUAAUGAGGCCAGCAUAAGUAGGUCAGAUGUCUUUCUAAAUGAGGGCAUUCUGGAAGGUUUUGGCGCGAGAAUAACGAGAGGUCAGCUGACUGUGGCCUCACAAGAUGGAACCGCCCACCAAUAUAGAGAUGUGCUGGUUAAAAUUUUCAACAAUCUGGAAAAACCAAUGGCGGAAGCAUGUUUACUACGUCACCUAACUCACCCAAACCUCACCCUGUUAUUAGCAUCCAACAUUACGUCAGUACCUGGAUUGGUUAUCUACGAAGAUUCCACUAGGAUGGAUAACUUGAAAUUGUUUCUCAGAGGUAGAGAUCGUGAGGCUUUGAACCCUCAGCAGCAAACAUAUAUAGUCCUACAGAUAGCACGAGGUCUUUCAUUCAUGCACGGCAAAGGUAUCUUACAUAAGGAUGUUGCGACGAGAAAUUGUUGGAUCAACAACAAUUUACAAGUCAAACUUGGAGACUCUUUCCUGUCAUGUGACCUGUUCCCAGAUGACUUCCAUCUACUUCCGGGUAGAGGUCAGCUUCCGGUCAGGUGGUCUGCACCGGAAGUCAUUCAGGACGACAGUGGACACACAUACCAUUCGGAUGUUUGGUCGCUAGGUGUUCUAGCAUGGGAAACAUUCAGCCUGGCUUCGACGCCGUACGAACAAUUCACGAGGAACUCUGACGUCAUAGACCACGUGAUCAAAGGCUACAAGUUGACCCAGCCAAGAAGCUGUCCGAAUGAGAUCACAAACAGUGCCACUAACGCAAUCAACAACCUACCCGCCACUGCGGACAGGUACAUGAUGACGUCACAGUGUUGGAACGCGAUGCCCACAGAAAGAAUCAAUUUACAUCAGUUCAUCACCUUCCUUUUCAACUUCUACGAUGCUUUGUCCAGAUUUGUAUGA